AUGCAAGUCUCAGACGAUGUCGAGAUGGCGCAUUCUCCCGAUGGCGACUUUCUGAUGCGCCUGAGCUCGCCUGCGCAUUCGCCCACAGGGCAGUCUGUUACUCUUGAUGACCAUCCGUGCGCUAUGGGCCCGGAUGCAUCACCGACGCCUGUUGACUACGGGGCAAACCACUCGCACGACAAUCCCUCCCUCACGCCACACGUCCUAUCCAAUCAUUCCAGCCCCUCCACAAGCCGAACACAUCGCGAUCAGCAUAGCUUUCGUGCUGCCUUGGAUGCUUCUACCGAUUGGGACGAUGCACGCAUAUCAAUUGAGGCUCCUUCACCGCACUACACCCAUGCGCAGGAUCGCGAUGCGUCUAUAUUGUCGCUUGGUGCUCCUCGCAGUGCUGUCGACGAUGAUACUGUCUACCCAUCGCUCGGAGUAAACGCCGGCUUAGAGCGACAAAGUCAAGAUGGGCUUGGCUCUCCACCUUCCGACGUUGACUACUCUACUACGGGCCAGCGAGACCGUGGCAGUGACACGAACGGCCCCACGGAUAACGCAAACCGGAGUUAUCACGGCGAUGGCAGCGUCAACUUCCCGGUUCAAGGCAAUCCGGACGCCCUACCUCCCACCGACUCGGACGCGGUUCCGAUCAACGACGCUCGAUACCUCACUGAGCAGCGGAGACACCUGGCUCACCAAUCCCGUGUGAAUGAGGGCUUCAACGACGUCGCCAGUGCCCCUGUGCUUUACGGAACCCGCAGAACUCGAUGCGAGAUUUGCGGACGUCUUGACGCGAUCCCCGAAGGCCCUGAUUGGAAGGUCCAAGAACACCUCGAGGUAUACCACGCCGACACAAUGCGCACGACCCCGGAUGACUUUGAUCAAAUACCUUGCGCGUGGCCUGAUUGCGAGUGCUUCGUUGAGCCGCAGGGCAUGGGCAAGCACGUCGCAGAGGUGCAUUUGCAGAGGGAGCGUGUGCAGUGCACCAGAUGUGAUCGCUCGUUCGCGCGCCGGGACACGUAUAAGCGACAUUGCAGAGACGUGCACGAAUUUGUUUUGUGA